UGUUUGACAAGCUAUCACAGUUCAGAUUCAGUCGAGCUGAUCAGAGCAACCGAAGCAACAAGAUGUUCUCCCGCUACUUUUUGACCUUCUUGCUGGUCGCCCUAGUGGCAGGCGUCGCCAGUGCUAGCGCCGAUAACCAAGUGUCCGAAGUCGAAUUCGACGAAGCCAAGUACGAACUGGAAGUCCGAUCCAAAAUCGGCGACAAAGUCCUGAAGAUCCUCAAGAGCUUCUUCAAGCACGCCACCGAGGACUGUCUCAAAUCCGCCGUCAACAAGUGCAAGAAGCAUUGGUACAAUCCCUCCAAAGUUAUUCAGUGCGCUAAGGACUUCUUCAGCAUCGAGAACGUAGGAUGCCUGAUCGGUGCUCAAGCUGACAAUGAGUCUACAGAACUCGACCUCGAAUUCGACGACGCCCAGUUCGAAGAGCUUGAGAUGGAAGUCCGCGUCAACAUUGGCAAGAAAAUCCUGAAGAUCCUGAAGAAAUUCUUCAAGCACGCUACUGAGGACUGCCUUAAAGCCGCCAUCAAGAAGUGCAAGAAGCACUGGUACAACCCCGCUAAAGUGAUCAAGUGCGCUAAGGACUUCUUCAGCAUUGAGAACGCAGCAUGCCUAAUUGGCGCCUAAGCUUUUUUAUACAAUACCUGGAACACCCAUUAUAAAUGUAUGACUGAAUUCAGAGGCCAAAAUAUACAUCGGAGCACAUUUCUACACAUACAGAAUUAUUCAUCAGAAUUCACUACAAGAACGAUGUAAAUAGCUGCAUAUUAUUAUUAAAUGUUGCCAUUAUGUAAUAUAUGUAUCAUUCAGAUUUUUUAAAUAAAUAACACAAAUGUACAUAUACUA